CACUAGUGUACCCGAAACUCGGAACGGGAGCGGAACGGAACGAAACGCGCACCCGUUGCAUAUGGCCACAUAUGCCGCCUAUACCGGCGGGCCCUAGGCUCAUUGCGGCCCCGUUAACGACUUAAUUAGUUUUCCAACUGGUGUUCAAUUACACGCCGGUGUCGGUCUCACGUCAGGCGGUCCGGUGCUCCAGGGUUAAGACGUCCGCGGUUUUUUCGCUCCUUUUCUUUUUCACCCGGAACGCCGCCGCGACUCCGCAGUGCCGCAAUGCGACAGUGAGUGUCGAGCCGCACGUGAGUACGGAUUACUUUCUCCGCUUAGCCACCCAUCCAAAUGUGCAAUGAGCCGGAACGACAGCAGACGCACCAGUACGACGGCGGUGAUGUCCGUGGAUUACGCCGGUAGCGACGGGACCGGCGGCCUCGGGCCCGGUGGCGUGGACCAACGGCUGCAGGCUAACGCUCGCGAACGCUACCGAACGCAUAGCGUUAACUCAGCCUUCCAUACACUUCGCCAGCUGAUACCGACCGAACCGAUCAAUCGGAAACUGUCCAAGAUCGAAACCCUGCGCCUGGCCAACAGCUACAUCUCGCACUUGCUGGCGGUGCUAGUUACCGGCAGCAACCACCGACCGUGCGUCGAGGUAGUUAACCAUCGGAAGCAGCCGGAAGCUGCCGGUUCCCCGCCUGACGGCGAUGACGGUUGCUCCUGGGCGACGGCAGGCGACCAUCAGCGGCACCAACGGACGCCGAUUUGCACGUUCUGCGUAACCUUCGACAAGGGCUAGUGAGCCCUUGCGACUCCCAGAGAGCCGAACGUCGGUGACACGUUUAGCCGACCAUUUAUUUCUCUGCUCGCAAAGCAGCAAAAACAUCCGCAAGUGAUGCCAAUACGUAACUAAACUAAUUGAACGAAUACAGCUAGAGAAUCUACAAUCAACACGUUAUCGGAUCAAUACUAAUGUGCUAGUUAUCAAGCGAAACACUUUCUAUACUCAUUAUUGCCAGGUUCACUUCCGAGUUUGCUUCACAGCACUACAGGGCGCUGUUGGCGUCUUCAGCGUAUGAAUUACAUUUCUAUCCGAAAAGAAUGGUACUACUGUG